AUGGUGAUGAAUGACGAUGAUUCCGUUGAUUUGUCAAUAUUCUCUCCCAAGGCUAGAGAGUACCUCGUGGCUACUGUCGAUGGCUUUGGCAUUGUGGUGGAGACAAUCUAUGUUAUUCUAUUUCUCAUAUAUGCUCCAAAAGUGACAAGGGGUAGAACUCUCAUUUUGGCUGUGAUUUUGGAUGUGGCAAUUUCGACAGUAGCAGUAGUUACUACUCAAUUAGCAUUGCAAAGAGAAGCUCGUGGUGGUGUUGUUGGUGUUAUGGGAGCAGGCUUAAACAUUGUUAUGUAUUUCUCACCUCUCUCUGCCAUGUACGAAUUCGUUCUAGCACGAAAUGUUUUACCACUGCUCACCACCGUUAAUUUGUGUCAAAGGAUUUGA